CAGCACCAUUAACACCACUUCGACCACGGCGGUGCGUCAGUGGUUUUGGCAUUCAGUUAGCAUUGGAAAAAGCGCCGGAAUGGCGACCAAACUGAGACCUCUCGAUCCCCAAUUGGCGGCUCUGGCCAAGAGCGAGUGCAACGAGGAGCAGGCCCAGCGAUCGGAGAUCAUAGUAACCAUCCAGACGUGGAUCACCAAGUCGCCGCACCUCAAGGCCCCCACCGAUGAGCACCUAAUCCUGGCCUUCCUGCGGCGCUGCCGUUUCAGUCAGGAGGAGGCCAAGCGGCGAUUGGACAACUACUACUCCCUGCGCAACGUAUUCCCGGAGGUCCUGGGUUCGCGGCAGGUGGACGAUGCCCUGCUCACACAGCUCCAAAGAGGAAUCCAUGUAAUACCCAGUCGACCGGUGAGUCCCGAGGGACCGCGGGUUAUCAUCUCGCAGUUCCGUAAUAUUGAUCCCAAGAAAUCAAAUCCCCGCGAGGCCUUCAAACUGGUCUUCAUCAUGCUGGAACUACUGGCCCUGGAGUGCGAUAAUGCAUCGAUUUCCGGCUUGGUUUGGGUUGUGGAUGCCCGGGAUGUGACCAUGGAGCAGAUGCUGCAAUAUGAUCCCUUCCUGCUGAAGAAAGCCUUUGCCUUGGUGGACCAGUGCAUUCCACUGCGAUUUGUGGAGAUCCAUAUGAUAAAUAUGCGAAAGGAGGGACAAACCAUUUUCAAUUUCGUGACCAAGUUCUUGCCCUCCAAACUGCCUUUUAAGUUCGUGGUGCACAAGAAGUCGGAGGAUCUGUACCAGCACCUGCCCAGAGAUGCGAUGACCAUCGAGUAUGGGGGAACCAAUGGCUACCAUGCAGAGGCCAUUGAUCAUUGGCGCCAGAAGCUGCUGGACAACAAGGAUUACCUGGCCAAGGAUGCCCAGUACGGAACCAACGAGAAACUCCGUGUGGGAUUGGCCAGUGCCUGGGCCAAUGGAGAACUGGACGGGAUGAGCGGAUCCUUCCGCAAACUGGAGCUGGACUAAGUUAAAGACUCUAAUUGCUGUUUUCAAU